AGAUAUGUGGAGCUCCGGGAUGCAAUAGAGACAACGUUAGAGAAAGGGGGGAAAAUCACGACAUUCUGAGCAGUUGCUCAUCAUUAAGGAUCUGAACUGAAAACAAGAGGAUAUGCACGUAACCUGGAACUGACGUGGGGGAUCUGACCCGCUUUCGCGUGUAACACACAGAAUCGGGAACCGCCGCUUGGAACUGAGAUGGGUUCUGCGCUUCUGCGCUUCUCAAAUGACAACAGACCAGCACAGAGUUAACAAGACCCACUCCGGCGGUAGAAGACACAGGGGAAGUUCAGCACCCUGUGAACGAGUCGGUACGAACCCCAGAGAGUGGGGGUACAGUGCCAAACUGGUCUAGUCAUCAACACCCGAGGGUGGUAACGGAGUCGAUACGAAUCACAGCGGAGAGGAUGAUGGUAGCCUGAAUUCGAAUCAUUUCCGCAGGAAAAAGAAAAGAGCAUCGUAAUUGACAUCCCCACCCCCUACUGCCACCAAUCCCCCACACCCCUAAAGAUACAGCAGCCGAUUUAUCUGCAGUAGAAUUUAGGAGCCCUUGUAUUAGGGCUGAUGGUGAAUCGGCUGCCAACCGAUCUGAACGAAUUCAAUCACUGAACUAAUAGGGGGGAUCUCAUCUCCGAGAAGCACCCGCGGUCCUCCGUGUGAAACCGUGGGGUCGGAGCAGGUGGCAAAUAGAAGCCCGAACUGAGGGGAGAGAACACACACACACACACACACACACACACACACACACACACACACACACACACACACACACACACACACACACAGUGACUGGGCAUAAGUUGUGCCGGAGGAGCGAAGUCCAGGAUAAAAGGCCGAAGAAAGGGGGAUGUGGGGUGGGGGUAUGGGUCAGAGUCCACGGUGUCUGAAUCCUAAGCAAGUGCAGCCACUUCAGUGGAACCAGCCCUGAAACUGGAAGCUGAAUGCGGUCACAGCCACCGGGAGAAAGCGGACACAGAGGACACGGUUCUCCGCCUCGGUAAAACUGCCAGGUAUACAGAGUAGGAAAAAUCGCCACUAAUCUAUGUUAAAAUGCCUUAAGUGAUACUUUUGACUACUGCAUUGCGAAAGGAAAACAAAAUUACUCGGACAAGCAGAAACAAAACAAUAAAAACCUAACGAGUGUUUCUGAUGCUCCGGAAAAAUUGCAUUUAUUAUGUCAGUAAUACUCCGGUGCAAUAGACGAGAUGAAGGAAAAAUCCAAAAAUGCCGCGAAGACGAGAAGAGAAAAGGAAAAUGGGGAAUUUUACGAGCUGGCUAAGUUACUGCCUCUACCCUCGGCUAUCACCUCUCAGCUGGACAAAGCGUCGAUCAUCAGACUGACGACCAGUUACCUCAAAAUGAGGGCUGUGUUUCCUGAGGGUCUGGGAGAUGCCUGGGGACAACCCAGUCGUGCAAGUCCCUUGGACAACAUGGCCAGAGAAUUAGGAUCCCACUUGCUUCAGACUCUCGAUGGCUUCGUUUUCGUGGUCGCGUCCGAUGGCAAGAUCAUGUACAUUUCGGAAACGGCCUCCGUCCACUUAGGCUUGUCACAGGUGGAGCUAACCGGGAACAGUAUUUAUGAAUAUAUUCAUCCCUCCGAUCACGAUGAGAUGACUGCAGUCCUCACAGCUCACCAGUCUCUCCAUCCGCACCUACUGCAAGAAUAUGAAAUUGAUCGUUCCUUCUUUCUACGUAUGAAAUGUGUUCUGGCCAAAAGAAAUGCAGGUUUGACUUGUGGUGGUUACAAGGUGAUCCACUGCAGUGGGUAUUUGAAGAUCCGCCAGUAUGUGUUUGACGUGUCUCUCUAUGAUGGCUGUUACCAGAUUGUGGGACUGGUCGCUGUGGGACACUCACUGCCGCCCAGCGCCAUCACUGAAAUCAAACUUCAUAGCAACAUGUUCAUGUUCAGAGCCAGUCUAGAUCUCAAGCUCAUAUUCCUGGACUCAAGAGUUGCAGAGUUAACUGGAUUUGAGCCCCAGGACCUUAUAGAGAAGACGUUGUACCAUCACGUGCAUGGAUGUGACGUUUUCCACUUAAGAUACGCCCAUCAUCUCUUGCUGGUCAAAGGACAAGUCACAACGAAGUACUACAGGCUGCUAUCCAAACAUGGAGGAUGGGUGUGGGUUCAGAGCUACGCCACCAUUGUGCACAACAGCCGUUCCUCAAGACCCCACUGCAUCGUCAGCGUCAAUUAUGUUCUCACGGAUAUUGAAUACAAGGAACUGCAAUUAUCACUGGAUCAGAGCAUCGCCAUCAAGGCAUCCUUUCCGUACAAGAUGUUGCUGUCUACCUCACAUGAAAACCAAAAACAACUUAAACCUAAAAUCUCCAAGCUGAAGUCAAAGCUAAAGACGUCUCCAUACCCACAGCAGUAUAAUUCAUUCCAAACUGAGAAAUCCGAUUGUGACCAUGCCGGUAGCUGGGGAGGCAGCCCCUCGCUGAAUGUUCUAUCACCCCAGGAAAAUGCUUCCCACCAGGAGAAUAAUGAACUCCUUUAUGCCUCUUCAUAUGGGCUCCCUUUCCCCUACACCUACGGACACUUCCCAUUGGACCCACAAGUGCUUGGCAGCAAAAAGCAGAUGGCACCUAGCAAGGCAGGUCAGAGUCAAGGGCCAUCGUCUGAAACUGCAAGGUUCUACGUGGGUGCAUUUCAAGCUACCAAUGACAACCGCUGGCAUCUGACAAGCUCAUCAGCAGCGCAGAAUCUGACUGCCUCAAAAAGCCUGCCGGAUCACCACAUCAGUGAAUCCCAGUAUUGUUCUACACAGAGCUAUGAGUGUGUAUUGCCUACUGGCAGACACUGUGAAGCGGCCACCUACGGGACACUUCCAAGCUGUGCGACAUCAAGACCAAAUAGUAAAUAUAAGGAGAAACCUUACGCUAAUCCUGUGAAGCAAACCAAAAUAGAAGCACUGCAGACCACACCACAUGUUGUUAAGGAAGAGUGUAAAGUACUGUUCAGGCACAAUUCUCAGGAGAAAUUAUGUAAUGUCGUCAAGUGUUUUUCACCCUCCUUAAACAAUUCGUUGUUAGCUAAGUCAGACUGUGAUGCAGCCAAGCCAAAGGUCCGGAUAGGCCAACAACUCAUACCAAGCCAAACAGCAUAUGAACAAGCCACAAGGAUUUGUGUGAAAGAGGUCCCAUAUGAACAUUUCAACCACCAGAAACCAAACAUGGUCAACGUGAGUAAUACAAGAGAGAACACAAAAUUGGAUGAAGGAAGGCUACAUGAACAGCAAGAUUCACUGGGUGUGGCAACAUCGGGUCAACCCCAGCUUGAACCCUUAAGUUAUGGGCAAUUCUUUGCUAAGCACACCUUCCAAAGGUCACCUUGUGCACUUACAGGGUACAUCAUGGAAAACCGAGGAUAUGCUGCUGAAGAGAAGAAUUCUCCUGGUUACAGAAACCCAAGCCCAGCUUUGAACUCUUCACCAGAAAUGCACCAAGAACCUGUCCUACCACAUUACAUCGGAACAUCCGUCAUAAUAACCAAUGGGAGGUGACGAGGAAUCUGUGUGCGUGUGCAUAGAAGGUCGAUUUGUUACAAAAUAACUAAAUAAGAACUUCUAUUACAUCUCCAGGUACAACAGGGAGUCUAGGUUUGCAGUUGUACUGGCCUAUUCCGAAGCUCAAACCUUAUUUUGUUGCCUCAAUGCUAAUGUGUUUCUCCCUCCCUCUGAGGUUUGAAGCCCAAAUUAAUGCAUUGUAAGAAGACAAACAUGCAGAACGUUAUCACUUGUGCAAUAUUCGAAAUGUGGACACAUGGAACAGUUCACAGAGUUUGCAUUCUUUCUUGCGUUAUUGAAGAUAAGCUUUCCCCAACUAAUAGAUAUUAUCUUAUUGACAUAUAUAAAAAACACUAACAAUGGCAAGCAGAAGAUGUCUGCACCAUAAGGUUUUAUUUCAGAUUCUGAAGGGAAUAAUACUAUGUAUUAAAAUGAUUGUAAUUGUCAAAACAAGACCCUUUAUUGCUCUGCA